AAACCGUGUGGCUACACUUCGCUUACAAAGCUUACCCGUCGCCACAAUCAGGCACGUGAUACUCCCAUACUUUUCUUCCGCCGUUGCCUGGAGCCUACUGUACAUCGCCAAUAAGUUCGGCCUAUAACUACACAGGUGCCAUCAUGGCUAGAGCUCGGGUUGACUCCGGCUCUGGAUCCGACUCGGAUGCCCCAGAGGCUUUCUCUACUUCGCAAACCAAAAAGCUCGCCAAGGGCCAAGAACGCGCGCUCGCCGAGUUCCACACGUCGCAAAAACGGAAGCGCAAGGAGGAGAAUCAGGCCAGGGACAAGCGACUGAAGGAGCGCGCAGCAGCAGCUGCAGCUGCUAAGACGGAAGAACUUCGUAUCGGAGCUGAGAAAGGAAAGCGGCCGGCGGAGAAGAGGAGAAAGGUGGAGGUAGAGGGCGGUGACGACGACGACGACGACGAGGGUGGAGAUGAUGGCCUUGAGGCGCGAAUGCGGAGGGCGAUGCAGGAUGCGGAAGAUGAGGAUGAAGAUGAGGACGAAGACGACGAUGAGAUGAUGGAUGGGGAUGAGGAUGAACAGGAAGAGGAUGACUCUCGGAAUGAGGUUGAAGAAGACGAGGAUGACGAAAUUGGCCGGGAGAAUAACAGGUCCAGCCUAUCUUCUGACGAAGAAGAGGACGAUGAGGACGUUCAUCACUUCAAAGAGGAAGAUUUCAACGACACUGAGGAUGAAGACCUCGCCGAAAACGAGGAAGACGGCCAAACCCAGUCAUUCACCUCAUGCUCUCGAUCCUCGAUAUCCACCUCCGGCCUUCCUCGCUAUCUUCCGGAUGACCUCUUCACCACUACAUCUACCAAACGCACGCUCAUCGCGCCCUCUUCACGCCCAUCGGCUCCAUCCAAGGCUGACUCCAAGCGGAAACGCAAACGCCCCUCCGUCUCCCGCAAACCUAAAGACUCCGUGCUCGGCUCCCGCACGGUCCGCAAACUCCCACCGCUGCAAUCACGCCCUGCUGUGACACCGCGCGGCGCGCUACCGAGCGCCAAAGCGCGCAAGUUCGUCGACCGCGCGCUCAACCUCGAUGUUAAGCCAGCGACAAAGGCGUCGAAGAAGAGUACGAGUGCCACGCAGUCGAAAGCCUGGGACAGAAAGCCUGCGCACCUAGGUGUAUUGAAGCCAGCCGUAGCUGGACCGCCACGACAGUUCGUUCGCGCAUGAGGCCUUGCGGACGGGCCUCAUUACUUACUGUGCGGCUCCUGACUGGUGGCCUCCCGCGCCAGCCACCACUUUGGUCCUUCAUUGAAUGUACUUAAGUUACUUCCCGUGCUACUGGGGCAAUCAUUGAGCGGCGCACGAUACGCGACAUGCAACCAUGGCGCCGAACCUGGCGCUCAGGGGACCUUGAACGCUAUCACGAACAUCUCGGACUAUUGACGUUGAUCCUGAAUGCUUCCUUCGACGUUCGCUUCGAAACCGUGUCUUUCCCUCUGUGGCCCGCUUAUCCUCUAUCACAAUGCGCGUCCAGCAAGAAACUUGUAGCAUUGGCCCCGUCGUGGUUCUGGUCGCCCAAUCAUAGAUGGCCCUUGUCGAACCCGCGUUAGCCACCAAUUGAAGAACUCUUCGGUGGCCUAGUUACAACGAUCGAUCCUACGUCCACCCGGGCCACCAUUCACUGGCUGCGGUACUUAUACCGCGCCUCGAGGAAGGCACUUCACCCCAAAAAAGCAUCGAUCCGAUACUCAUUCUUAAUCCCAAAAGUAAGGCAUCUCCCAGAUUUCCGAACAUGAACUCGUCUCCACCUCCUCAUCAAGGACCCGCAAGUAGGGCCCCAUCGCACCAGACCAACGCUCGCCAGGCGGCGCCGGCGCAGAGUGGCUUCGCCCCCAUACCGCCCGAGCUCGCCAUGGGAUCGCCUUCUGCGAUCGCUCAUCCCCAGCAUACGCCGGUGCAGGCAGGCCCUCCCCAAGUUCCGCAGACGCAGAUGACCCACAGAACGUGUCCGAUUCAGGCCAUAGACACAUCCGGCGUUGCUGCGCAAGCCACGUGCAAUUAUACCCAUUAUUCUUCCUCUUCGGCGUCUCCACGGUACAGCGUCCUCCCUCCUCUCCAAGUCCCGCCCGAGAAUGCGUAUCACACAGCCAUGGUGCAGCAAUCGCCUUCUGCCCAUAUGCAAGCUCAACCGCCCGUUCAAUAUGCGCAAUAUGGUCCGCACCCAAGGGCGAACGUGCCUCCGACUGGAUAUCAAUUACCCAUGCAGCGCCAGUGGCACCCCUCCAUACGGAAUGACUCUGGGCAAGCCGAUAACCACCAUGGCCCGUUCUUCUCCCCAGAAGGGAUGAUACAGCAACACCAACGGCCCUCCCACCCGGGUUACUCUAGGCAGGCCGUUGUCAACCAUGGUCCGUACUUCUUCCCCGCCGGGAUGCCCCUGCCACCACGUGUCCAAGGGCGUCCUUUCCCUAUAGGACCGCGGAUCCUGCUUCCUUUCCUCGGCGCGCCGAUAUGCGCACCCAUGAACACCACCCCGUUUCCCGAGCUGCCAACAGGCAAUGUUGAAGAUGUCAACGCGAUUUCAGAUGCGCCUGUCCAGACUGGUCGACGCCCGCGGGCGUCCUCACCACGCGCGCAACGCCCCGCGACUGGCGUUUACUCGCCGCCUGCAACCUCCCUAGACCCAGACGUCCUCCAGUUGUCCGGACAAGAUGGUGCCCAGUCUCCUUUGAAACGGCCCAGGAAGAACACCUUUCCGUCCACCCCUGGUCCUUCCAAGCGGGCUCGUACCCAAAGCGCAACGACAUCUACCCAAGCCGAGCUGGACGCGUACACCUCGGACGCGCGAAUGGCGAGCCCCGACUUGAGCCCUACGCGCGCGACGCCGUCCACUCCCCUCCGCUCCCCGACGGCCCCUUUAUCUGAAGACGACGAGGGCAAAGCAGCAGGGCUUCCCUUACUUCCGAACGCCUUGAUGCGUGCCGGGAAGACGCCUAUUACGCCUCAACGCAAGCAGCGUAAACGACAAUACCCUCCCGUUCUCGAUCCGUCGCCUACGAGUCCCGCCCCGACCUCUACCCCGCCGUCCAGCAAGGAACCGAAGAAGAAUGAGACCAUCGCCGAAUGCUCGAUGAUACCAUCCAAGACGGAGCAGCUAGCCCACCGAUCGCUUGCUACGCCGCUGAAGGAGCCGCCCCUGAAAACGCAUAGGGUCAUCCCUGUCCGAAACCGGUGGCAGGAAAUGCGGAACCAUCGUGGUAUAGGCAUCACCUUGUCGGACGCGCGUGCGGAGGAUGACGAUGUUAUUCCGCAAUUACCGGAGCUCGUCGAUGCGGACAGUCGACCAUUUGCCAAUAUCGCUACGACACAAAAAUCGAUUGAAGUUCACAUAUGCCUGGAUGUUAAAAAAAACUUCACACGCUGGACUACCCGUUCAUGGAGGCUGUCUGUGCGCGAUACCAAGGGCGAUGGAGAAUCGAUUAGUCUCCGGGAACUCGUUGUGCGCAUCGCCGGACUUGCUGCGAACUUUCUAGAUACGGUCCAGACAGAAAACCCGGAUGGACGUUUCAAGUACAUGACGCUCGAACGCAUGCGCCUGGUCAGCCUCUGGACGACGGAUGUGAACGAGGUGUCUUGGAACGUGAACAUCGAGGUCCUACACCGACAUGGUCUGGGGAAUAAGCGGGGGAGUGCCCCCAUAGGCCCGUGCAUCGACUUCUUCUGUCUCUCAGAUGCCGAAGACGCGUGGUCAGGCUCGAUGUGGGACGAGCGGGCCAGUCUCGACCCUACUGGCUCGACUUAUGAGAUGCCGCGCCAGGUUGAUAUGCUGCCCGCCGACGCCCCCAGACCGACAGCACCGGCUACGCCGACGCUGCCGAAGCGAUUAUUGCCGACGCCGACUUUGCAACUCAUUGCAUAAUGCCACGCGCGGACGGUGCUUGAGAUCUUUUCCGAUCCCUGCGUAAGCACUUAAACCUACCCCGUCCUUACCUUGCACAUAGAUACAGGUGUCGCGUAUGACACAUUACUCGCUCCUUACUCGUGUUUUCAUCCUCAUAUUACGGACUUCACACUCCUUAACCCCGGCGCGCAGGCUCGCGUGUGCAUAAAUGUAACAUUGUCAUCUGGUCUGACGUGCAUGUUCC